AUGCCGGUUGGAAUCCCGGAUACAACCGACUUUGAAACCUUACGACGGACAGAAUACAACUACCUGGACGCCCAGGACCAUGUUUACCUGGAUUACACGGGAUCAGGCCUCACCGCAGCUUCUCAGGUACGGCACCACAGUACUCGGUUCGCCACUACCCUGUAUGGGAAUCCGCACUCCAUCAAUCCAACCAGUGCUGCGGCCACGGAGGCCAUAGACCGCACUAAAUCCAGGGUUCUUGCACAUGUCAAUGCUUCUCCUGGUGAAUACACGGUUGUCUUUACUGCAAACGCUACUGCCGCAGCGCGACUGGUCGGCGAGGCCUACCCUUUUCACCGUGGGCGCGGACUUGUCCUGACAGCUGACAACCACAAUUCCAUCAACGGUAUCAGGGAGUUUGCCGCUUCCAAAGGAGCCCAAACAAAAUACAUUCCCCUUCUCCAACCUGACCUUCGUAUCAGCCAUACGGAUGUCACCUCUGCUCUCGGUCCAAGUCGGCGUCUUUGGCGUCGACUUCCAACUAGAUGUCACUGCAUGCUUCGAAGGUCUAGCCUAAACCCUAAAUCAGCGGGCCUAUUCGCAUAUCCAGCACAGAGCAACUUCAGCGGCGUCCGCCACCCCCUUUCAUGGACCGCCCUAGCUCAAGAAAGGGGCUAUCACGUCCUACUCGACGCGGCUGCCUACCUCCCCACUGCAACGUUAGACUUGUCAGAAGUCAAGCCAGACUUUGUGAUAGUCAGCUGGUACAAGUUAUUUGGCUAUCCCACUGGGAUAGGAUGCCUGAUCGCGCGCAAAGAGUCUCUCGACCUCCUUCGCAUGCAACGGCCCUGGUUUUCUGGCGGGACUAUCCAAGCUGCCGCGGCAUCAGUUCCAUGGCACACGCUUGCACCAGGAGCCGAAGCUUUCGAAGAUGGCACCCCAAACUUCCUCGGGAUCCCAGACGUUCACUUUGGUCUAGAUUGGCUGGAAGCGAUCGGCGUAUCUGCCAUUGGGGCUCGAGUUAAUUUCUUGACGGGGCUCUUCUUGGAUCGUCUCUUGCAGAUGCAUCAUAGCAAUGGAACGCCCAUGGUGAGAGUAUACGGGCCGAUCAACACGGAUAUGCGCGGGGGCACGAUCACGUUCAACUUUCUUGAUGCAAGAGAGAAGGUGAUUGAUGACCGGCUGGUCGGCCUGGAGUCGGCUGCGGCCCGAAUUUCCCUUCGGACCGGGUGUUUCUGUAAUCCCGGGGCCGGCGAAGCUGCAUUAGGCUUGGAUAAAUCGGUCGUCCAACUGCUGACAAGGCCCCGCAAACCGUUACGGAAGGUUGAUAGGCAACUUGAGGCCCACGGGGUUGAAACGCUGGGCGCCGUGCGCGUUUCGUUUGGCCUAGCCUCAAACACCACGGACUUGGAUAAGUUCUUUGGGUUCGCUGAAAAGACGUACAAGGACCGGAUCGUGGUUAGAGAAGGGCCACCCAUCCGACCGCAGUGUUGA